CUUGUGGUGAGCGGCAGGCGUGAUCGCACGUUGUGCAGCUACAUCAUCCUCCCCUCCUCAUUUGAGCGCAUUUCGCCGCGCUGCAGCCUUCCUCCAUCGCUUUUCACAGAGGGGGUAGCCCGACGACUCUCCGCUCUCCUCCAUUCUGUUUUAGAGGUGGAUGCCAUGCCACCGGAUUUUCUUCAUUUAACAGCUGUUUGCGUUCACAUGACAAGCGCGCCGGGGGUAUUUUAAGGGUAGGAGAUCCCUCUUGUUCGCGCGACAUUACAGCAGAUGGAGAGUGCCCUCCAUCAGCCUCAUCAGCUACUGUCAAUCACAUCAAGAUUGAGCCAAUCGGUACUAUGGACCUUUAGGAGCAGUAAUGGCAACUUGCAGUACCUCUCGCUCUGAUUGGAUAGACUUGUAGCAUGCGUUCCCUACGUAAGACUGUGCUGUUAGCUCUGGUAGCAUCAGUGGUGCUGGUUUUGGCUGUGCUACAUUCCUGGCCCACGCGGGUCUACAGCACUGUGGAUGUCCGGUACAGGCCAGGUCCUGGAGCUGAACGGCUACUGGAGGAGAGACUUCCUGAACCGGAUCCCAGUGCUAGUACCAUCCCUUACCGUGUGAGGGAGAGUGUGGCCAGGCUUUUGGCUCGCAACGGGUGUGUUUGUGAAGGAGAAAGCCGAGGGGUCAACCUGCCCUUUGCUCAGCUACUGUUCCCUAGAGUGUCUGCCCAUCCCCUGCACACUGCCUUCCAGGCCUCCCAGCUCCAUGAGAUGAAGAAACGGCGAGCCAAAGAGUAUCAGAGCUUCCAAAUGAGGUCGCAGACCCCUGCUGAUCUGCUGAUUGUAGCUGAAGCUAACAACCCCCUGCAGUACCCAACACAGGGUGUGGAGGUUCGGCCACUUAAAACUAUCCUUAUACCAGGUUUGUCCUUAAAAGAGGUGCCCAGAGAUUUCUAUACUCUGAACUUUUCAGCAUCUCUGGGCACAUUUAAUGUGGCAGCAGAAGUGGAGGGGGUAAAGAUUAGGGGUGAUGGCGAGAUGCAUAUGACACUGAACAGUGGCCUUUUGUCCAGUCUGAAUCGACAGCUCCAGUUUAUCACAUAUACUAACACGCUGUUCCACCCAAGCACAGCUGACACAGUGCAGUUAGACACAGAAGGACAUCAGGCUCUUUUCACCAUCAAGAUUCGUCAUGGAGUAACACCCAAACUCUACAACACAGGCUCUGAUGCAGAUAAAGAAUACAACAUCAGCGCUCUUGUGACCAUAGCAACCAAAACCUUCCUGCGCUAUGACAAGCUCCAGGAUUUAAUUGACAGCAUACGACGGUACUAUCCAACUGUUACAAUAGUGAUAGCAGACGACAGUGAACACCCGAAAACUGUGUCAGGCCCAUAUAUUGAACAUUACAUCAUGCCCUUUGGAAAGGGCUGGUUUGCUGGUCGUAAUCUGGCCGUGUCACAGGUCACGACCAAGUAUGUGCUGUGGGUGGAUGAUGACUUUAUCUUCACUGCCAACACAAAGCUAGAGAAGCUGGUGGAUGUGCUGGAGAAAACCACACUUGACCUGGUUGGAGGCGCAGUGCGUGAAGCUACAGGCUACACUGCCACCUACAGGCAGACAAUCUCAAUUGAGGCUGGAGAGGAAGAUGGGGACUGUCUGCACAUGCGGAGAGGCUUCCAUCAUAUCAUCCAGGGGUUUCCUCACUGCGUGGUCACUGAUGGAGUCAUCAAUUUCUUUCUUGCCAGGACAGAUAAAGUGCAGCAGGUUGGCUUUGACCCCCGGCUAGCCCGUGUUGCUCAUCUGGAGUUUUUUAUUGAUGGGCUCGGCUCCCUGCACGUUGGGUCAUGUGAUGAUGUCAUCGUGAACCACGCCACUAAGAUCAAGCUCCCGUGGGGCCAGUCGGAAAGCGACAAAACUUACGCAAAGUUCCGUUACCCUCCUGCUUCAUCUGAUGCGACACACACCAAAAAUGGCCUCUUGUACUUCAAAAACCGCUUCCAGUGUCUAACACACAACUGAACCCGCUCUGACAAUGCCUUCUUCCCUUUCUCUCAUCCUCCCUCAAACGAACACUCUCUCCCUGAGUAGCUAAAGGGGCCCGUGAAGACACUAGAGGUGUGCUGUGUAUACUGUAUAUGGUCCCAUGUGAGUAAAAGGGAGUUCUUUUGGAAAGGGUCCUAAUGUGAUCAAACAUGACUGACAGAUGAGAAGUGCAGUGAUGGCUGAUUAACAUUAUUUUGAUACCUGAAGAUGUCGUAUUUUUGUGUCUCCUUUCUUUAGCUUUAUUUUUGCUCAGAAGAAUUCUUUAGAUACAGAUCAAACCAUUCCGUAAAUUAUGCACAGCCGUCUUUUUUCUCCUCAGCCAAUCAUGUUUCAAUAUCACAUUUAAAGGGAUAGUGAGCCCAAAAAUGAAAAUUCUGUCAUAAUUUACUGACACGGAUGUUGGUUCAAACCAUAAAAGAGACUUCCAAGCCCCAUAAUGACACGGGAGUAAGUAAAUUAUGACAGAAUAUUUUAUUUUUGAAUUAACUAGUCCUUUAACCGACGAGAGUACACAAGUUUCUUUUGAAACUGAAGAACGAAGAGAAAACUGUGGAGGUAAACAUUUGAACUAUGACUUUUAGAAUUUUUAAAUCCAGUUCAAGGGAGACACUUUCUUUGGGACAUUCGCAUGGAAUGUCACAUCAGCUCCCUGUCUGGCAUUAAUCGUGUAUGUACCUGUGUAUGUGUGUCUGUGUGUGUUUUAUUGAGGGUCGUCUCUCUGUACGUUUGCACUAAAACAAAUGGACUUCAAUUGGAGAGACCAGACCCUCAGCGUCACGGAAAGAAGGAACAGACUGAACAUCAUUAGCAAGCUAAAACCACAGACAAUCCAACAUAUCACUCUCAUUAUCUCUCUUUCCCUCUCCCAUACACACUCUGUCAGAUUUCUCAGCGAGAGAAGGAGGAGUGAUUCAUUGUGUAUCAGUGAAACCUUCUGAAUUUGAUAUUUUUCCGUUCUAAAGAGUGACUGUGCCAAAGGCUGAAUCACUGUCCCGGUAUGGUUUAUUUAUUUUUUGUACGUUUUUAUUUCCUUGAUUCUGGGGUAUUUUUUAGAUUUCGUCCCAUUGUACUGAAGCAUGCAGCCUGGUUUAAGUAUCAGCCAGAUGUGAAGCAGUAAUGUGAAGUCCAAUGCCACCUUUUAUAAAUUUAGUUAUCAGUCACCCAUCAUGAGCAUAUAGUCCAAAGGCACUUACUGUAAUUGCAUUUUUAUUGUGUUUGAGCUGGAUUUCAACCAAAGCCAGUUUUGGUGGAAAAAAAGGUCCAGUCAGUUGCUUUUGCUAUGCAGAAUGGCUGAGACAACUAACCUUAAUAAAACCAAAAAAAAACCCCACUAUUAACAGACAUAGAGUAAAUAGCACGGAUGUGCAAAUAAUAAAGAAGUUACUAUAAAAUAAAAUGGUUAUUCAAUUUUUAUCUACAGUAGCAGUCAAAAAUUUGGACAAAACUCAUUAUUAUUUUCCACAUUUUGUAAUAAUUUUUGUGAUAAGAACAUUGAGCCCCAAAAAAAUUAAACUUUUUACAUUUCAGGUUCUUUAAGUAUCCAAACUCUGCCCAAUAAUUUAAUUUAAAAAUUAAGUUUUGUAUAGACUUAGGCACUGUGUACAUUUCUCAUCCAAAAUAAAGCUUUAAGAUCAAGAGAAACAGUUUGUCCAAACCUUUGACUAGUACUGUAUAUUUGAUAAGGAAAUUAAAAUAAUAAUUUACCUGGACCGUAUACAGCCACCUUCUGUAGAGUAAAAGCUGUCUAAUCCAAUGUAUAGCAUAAUUGAAGUUAUGUUUAUUUGUAUAUUGUUUGUUUUUAUGCGUGUGUGAGAGAGAGAUAAGCGUUUUUAAACUACAUCGAGUGGGCUUUACAUUGUUGCUCAUGAACAGCAUGAGGCCCUAAUGACUGUUUGCUGCAUUAUCCAUUGAACCACAAAUUCUUCAAACAACAUUCAACAUUAUGGCCUUGUCAAAGAUUAUACAUUUCUGUGCAAUUGUGUGUGAUAGUUCCUUUUCUGUUACAUCCUGUCUAAAAAUGGUGCCAUACAGGAGUAAAUACGUGCAUGGCUGUCCAAAAAAGCCUUAAAAGAGGUGAAGAAAAUGAUAGCGCUCAGAGGUUAAAUACGUAAUGGAGUUUAAUGAAUACACAGGUUGAAUACAACAUGCAAUGGUGUGAAGUUAAAUUGAAAACUCUUGUGCACUUGUUUUAUAUCUUGAAUGCCAUGUGACACCCCCUCAAAACACAGAAAAAGUUAUAAAGUUCGGUAACACUUUAUUUUAGAGUCCUUGUUACAUGUAGUAACUAUAUUGUAACUAUAAAUAAUGCAUAAUUACAUGCAGUUAACCUUAAACCCAAUUCUAAUCUUAACCCUAACCCUAUAGUAAGCACAUAUAGUUAAUUAAUGUUACUCUACUUACAUGUAUAAUUACAUUGUAACAGGGACACCUUAAAAUAAAGUGUGACCUAAUAUUCUUUUAAAUUGUACUUUAUCACUCUCUACCAGUCAUUGAGCUUAUUUCAGUCCUGAAAAAGACAAGUGGAGGAUGCAGUCCUGCAAUACUAAGUAUAGAGCUUCUAUGAUGCCGUUUGGAGAAUGCUUCCAUUAAUCUGCCCUGCAUAUCCAGGUGUAAGCAUGAGCGUAAGGUCAAAAAUGGAGCAUGCAAAAGCAUUGGUUUAAGGCUACUCGAGUCUUACGGUUAGUUUCAGAUGAGCUUAAGGGGAUAGGAGACUGAACAUAAGUGAAAAGCUGAAUAUCUGAUACUCUGGCUGUGUAUGAAACAACGUUUUGAUUACUAUUUUAAUUCCCUGCUUCCUUCUCACUUCACUGCAAUGAUUCUGUCUCCUCAUCUCUGGGUUUCUCACUGUGUCUGCAUGACUCCUAAUUUCUGUUGGUGUUUUGUAUCUCUAAUACAAAUCUAAUUCUCUGUCCCCCCAAAAAUUGUGGCUGCCUAUUGAUCAUUUUUUAAAAGAAAAAUGUAGUAUGCAAAAGUCCCUCAAAUAUAAAAAAGGGGAAAAGAACACAAAAACAACAACAACGUUUUUUCCUUUUUUUUUUUUUUUUUUUGUAAAUGUCAGAAAACGCAUUUGUUGUUGAAUGGAAUGAGAUAAAGGCUUUGGUGAUAACA